AUGUCCUUGGCAGAGCAGCUCCUCGGCGUACCUCGCUCUGGUUGCGCUGUCCUCCUCUGGCCUCUGGCCCCUCUAUUUCUGCUUACACACACAUCCCCCCAGUCGGACUUCAACACCAAUGACUUGGACUUUGACUCAGACUUCAGCCUUAUGUCUCAGAAAGGCUCAAGAUUCAAAGUGGAAGAGACACCAGGCUCCUGUAAAGAGGAGAUAAAAUUCCAGAACAGACCAGCCACAAAGCCAAUGUCCCCAUCUGACUUCCUUGACAAGCUGAUGGGAAGAACCUCUGGUUAUGAUGCAUGCAUUAGACCCAACUUUAAAGGUCCACCAGUAAAUGUCACCUGCAACAUUUUCAUCAACAGUUUUGGAUCCAUUAUAGAAACAACAAUGAACUACAGGCUUAAUGUGUUUCUGCGUCAAGAGUGGAAUGACCCUCGACUGGCCUACUGUGAGUAUCCAGACACAUCUCUGGAUCUGGACCCCUCUAUGCUGGACUCUAUAUGGAAACCUGAUCUCUUCUUUGCCAACGAGAAGGGUACAAAUUUCCACAAAGUCACUACCGAUAACAAGCUACUACGGAUCUUCCAGAAUGGAAAUGUACUGUAUAGCAUCAGGCUAUCACUUAUAUUGUCCUGCCCAACGGACUUGAAGAAUUUUCCAGUGGACACUCAGACCUGUAUGAUGCAGUUAGAAAGCUUUGGCUACACCAUGAAUGAAAUGGUUUUCGAGUGGCUUUCUGAGGGUCUUGUUCAGGUGGCAGAUGACUUGAUGCUCCCACAGUUUGUGCUGAAGGAGGAGAAGGAUCUUGGAUACUGUACUAAAUACUACAAUACAGGUAAAUUCACCUGCAUAGAAGCAAGAUUUCACUUAAAGAGACAGAUGGGCUACUACCUCAUCCAAAUGUACAUUCCUAGUCUGCUGAUCGUCAUACUGUCCUGGAUUUCAUUCUGGAUUAACAUGGAUGCUGCUCCAGCCAGAGUGGGGCUUGGAAUUACCACUGUGCUCACUAUGACCACCCAAAGCUCAGGCUCAAGGGCCUCUCUACCAAAGGUUUCCUAUGUAAAAGCCAUUGACAUCUGGAUGGCCAUCUGCUUGCUGUUUGUGUUUGCUGCACUGCUGGAGUAUGCAGCAGUCAGUUUUGUUUCACGGCAGCACAAGGAGUUCAUCAGACUGAGUAAGAGGCAGCGGAGACAGAGAAUUGAAAAGGAGAUGGUCCAGGAGAGCUGUGGCCUUUAUUUUCAUGGUUAUGGGUUUGGCCACUGUCUGCAGACAAAUGACAGGAAAGCAGUAGAAGGACACACCAUGUUUGCCGCUCCCCUUCCAGUAGAGGUUCUGUAUGACGGUGAGGCACUCCAGAAGCACUUUGUGAACCGAGCCAAGCGUAUCGACACCAUAUCCAGAGCAGUGUUCCCCCUCAGUUUCCUUAUAUUCAAUAUAUUUUACUGGAUCACCUACAAAGUACUACAACAUGAAGACAUUCAUGCUGAUUUGAAACAAUAUCUUCUCACCAAUGGGAGUGGCACUCGCCAGUGGUACCCGCCACACAGAAACGGCGUGUGCCUCUCAAAACAGGCACAUACCAACAGCUCCUGUGAGUAA